AUGGCCUCUCUUACAGCAGCAUGUAGGGCAUCUGCCCGAGCUGUUACUGCUCGGUCCGCUAUUGCUCGUGGCUUCACCACCUCGACGCGAUGCCUCGCCGCUCAGAACUUCACCAUGCCCGCCCUCUCGCCGACUAUGACCGAGGGUAACAUUGCUUCAUGGAAGGUCAAGGAAGGAGAGGCUUUCAGUGCCGGUGAUGUGCUGCUCGAGAUCGAGACCGACAAGGCUAGCAUGGAUGUCGAGGCCCAGGAUGAUGGUAUCAUGGUCAAGAUCAUGGCUGGUGAUGGAAGCAAGGCUGUCCAGGUCGGAUCACGCAUUGGUGUCAUUGCUGAGGCCGGCGAUGAUAUCAACUCCCUCGAGAUCCCCGCCGACGAACAGGCCAAGGAGCAACCGAAGGAACAGUCCAGCGCCCAGGCCCCCAAGGAGAGCACCGCCCCCUCCGAGUCGAACCCCGUUGAGAAGAAGAGCGCAAAGCCUACUGGCAACGAUACCUACGAACACAAGUACCCCCUGCUGCCCUCAGUUGGACAUCUGAUCAAGGAGAAGGGCAUCAGUGAGGCCGACCUCAAGAAGAUCAAGGGCACUGGUCCUCAUGGCCGAUUGCUCAAGGGUGAUAUCCUUGCCUACCUUGGAAGUAUCAACCCCGAGACUCCCGCUGCCAACGAGGUCAACUUCAACAACCUGUUCCACCUCGACCUGAGCAACAUCAAGGUGGCUACCAAGCCUGCUCCUCCUUCCAAGCCUGUUGAGGAGGCUAAGGCUGAGGCUCCUAAGGCCCCCGUUGUCGAGAACCUCGAAGUUUCCAUCCCCAUUACUUUGUCCAAGGUCGUUGAGGUCCAGAACCGGAUUCACGAGACCCUCGGCGUCUUCCUGCCCAUCUCGACCUUUGUCGGCCGAGCUGCUGAGGUUGCCAACGACGACCUCCCUCCUACUAAGCGUGCCCCUACCGCCAACGAGCUUUUUGACCAGGUUCUCGGCCUCGAUAAGAUCAAGGCUGUUAAGGGGUCUCGCGGUGUCUACCUACCCCAGAUCUCUGCUGUCCCUCCCACCUCUCUACUCACUCCUCUCUCCCCCACCCGAAAGCAGACUGACAUCAUUGACAUCCUCGCCGCGCCGAAGAAGUCAGCUCCCAAGCCCGCUACCAUCCAGACCGUCCCUGGUCUGUCCAGCGGCGCCAAUGUCUUUACUCUUGUGGUCCCAAAGGCAGAGGAGGAGAGAGCACAAAUCUUCCUUGAGCGUUGCAAGGUGAUUCUGGAGGAGGAGCCAGGACGACUGGUACUGUGA